ACCGUCCGUCACGCGGCGGGAAACCGGCCGUCGGCAGCAUGGCAGCCGCAACGCUCCCGUACGAGGCCCAGCCGGUGUCUGCGGAGUUUCAGAGGCGAAUGGCAGCCGCCUUUCCCGUGUACCAGCAGGUGGGCCUGGUGCCGUUCGGCCCCACCGGCUUCAUCGUGCCGGCGGACGCCAGGCCGUUUCUGGAACAGUACUACAACACGCCGGUCGGCCCGGACGACGUGUGGAUCGUCACCCUGCCCAAGUGCGGCACCACCUGGACACAGGAGAUGGUGUGGCUGAUCAAGAACGACUGCGACUACGAGAGCGCCAAGUGCCUACUGUGUCCGGACCGGUACCACUUCCUGGAGAUACCCGCGCUCAUGGCGACACACGUGCGCGAGGAGAUCAGAAACGGAGACAAUCCAGUCAGCAAGCGGCUAAUGUUCAGUCCGAUUCAGGAAAGACCCAAGCCCUGGUUCGUCAAGACACACCUGCCGCUGCACCUGUGCCCACCCACGCUCUUGGACACGGCUAAGGUGAUCUACGUGGCGAGGAAUCCGAAGGAUGUGUGCGUCUCGUACUUCAGUCACCUGAAGAUGUUCAAGGAGAGAGAUCCUGACAUGACCAUGGACAACUUCGCUCGGCUGUUCAUCGCUGGGGAAGUUAGUUUGUUGCCUUUCUUUCCACACGUACUAGAGGCGUGGAAUCUACGACACAAGCCGAACAUGCUGUUCCUCUUUUUUGAGGAUAUGAAGCGUGACCUGCGGGGCUCCAUCAGUAAAGUGGCAGAUUUCCUAGGGAAAUCGCUGACGGAAGAGCAGCUUGACGGACUUGAGUCGCACCUUCACUUCAGCAGCAUGAAGAAAAACCCAUGGGUCAACAAGAACAUGACUUACGCCUACUCCCCUCUGACAGCAGAACAGCUAGCGGCAGAGAAUGCGGCCUCGCAGAAGACGGAGUUCAUGCGCAAGGGUGAGACGGGGGAUUGGAAAAACCACUUCAGCAAGGAGAUAUCGGCCGAAAUGGACGCCUGGAUUGACAGAGAGCUCGCUGGCACCGAUCUCAAAUUCGUUACUGAAAUGGGAUCGAAGUGAAUCACGCAGAGGAUAGGUCGAAAUAAAGUUUAUGUGCAAAGAUCGUUAAAACGCUUUUUUAAAAACUUUUUCUCAGUCCGUGGCUUCUCCAAGAGCCCUGUGAACGAUAUUUUUGGAAGGUCUUCCGCAAAAUCGGGCACAUCAAUGGCCAGGCACGGCUGUAUCGUAUGCGCUGCAGCGCAUCCGAUAGCUUCCAAAACGGUGGGACCAUCUACAGAGUGCGCAUGACAGCUGCUGUAUAGUGUUAAAUGUUCUAUGAAGCUGCGAUGUUAGAUAGCGAAGCGCGUGCAUAACCCACGAUAAGCCGUGUAUGCUAACCCUUUGUGGAUUGUUUAAAAACAAGUUGACAAAGUUGUGAAGCUAUACUAUUGUUCCAUUUCACGGUUUAAGCUACGAACGUAUACGAGGUUAAUUCCACAUGCUUGGAGGUUUCUGUCGCCGAUUACUGAGGCGUGAUUGCGCUUAUAUGCAUGCAAAGAUACAGGGAGCGCUACAAUAGGCAUGAUCUCACUCCCCGCAUAUCAGUUUCGCCUAAAUGUAGUGUGUUCCAGGUUGAAAGAAUGUCUGUGAUAUGUGUAUAAUUAGUUGUCCAAAAUAAAAG